GUUGCCUUGUUGGACACUCUCACCGGCUCUGACAGUCACAGCAUCAGAAUUCGCAACUUUUUCUUGUUAGACGUCUCAGCUUGUGAAACAAAGACCUAGACUCCAUUAGGGCUAUGAUGAUUGGUUGCCACUCGGUUAAUAUAAAAGGGCCUAGACGAUUACAAACACCCUUUGGAACUUACGACUAACAGAUGAAACUGCGAUUUCAGUCUCUAGCUCGGCAGGUUGUGGUUUUUCCGAGGCCUUCUUAUCUGUCUGUAGCUACGCGUUAUCGUCGUUUGAUGUCGUCGGUGGCAGCAAAGCAAGUACCAUUGCCACAAACAGGCUAUGAUCUGUAUAGACUUGGGACGACGCUUGAUCUCAAAUUCAAAGCUCACGAAUCUACGGAGUACAAAGAUCUAGCUGCCACGGUGAUCAAGCGCUUCGAGCCUUUCACCUGUGCCGCCGUUCUGCUAGUUCAGCGACACUCUGAUAACGAACAAGUUAUCCUAAAACUGGCAGACCGCAGGCUGGGGUAUCGCAGCAACAUAAAAGACGUGGAUACGGUACCAUGGACGUCUUGCAUCGACGAUCACCUACGACGUGCUGUCCGUGAUAUUCAGGCGGGCUCCAUUCCUGACUGGUUCGAGUUCAUAUCCGAUUUUGAUAAUCGACCCGAUUUCGAGCAUUGGGAAGAUUGGAUGUGGGAGGUCUCCACUUGGUAUGGAAAGAUGGGCUCCUACAAGAAGGAGCUUGCUGCAUAUCAGCUUUUACAUCGACUGCAAGGCCGAUACAUUCCCCGUCUUUUUGGUGUCGUUCGUCUUCGCAUUACCCCCGAGUCUACUCCUCUUCAUCCCAUCACCGACGUCGUUCUAGGACUUGUUUUCGAGUAUAUCCCUGGUGUCAGUAUGGACAAGCUCAGACCGGGUGUCGACGUCUCCGAGCAGGAGGCCGAGAGGAUUUCCAGCGCAGUGAUGGAGGGGCUCCGUGCCAUCGAGGCCGAGAACUGCCUGUUGCACCGUGACAUCCACACCCGGAACGUCGUCGUCCGAGAAGGGAAUCGGUCUGCUGUCAUCAUUGACUUCGGAGGGGCAAGUAUUAGGAAGGCUGGAACUAGUGACGAGGAUUGGAGAAUGAAUGUCCAUGGAGGCCCAGAUACGCGCUACAUGAGGAGGCUUCUUGUGGAUCCCGAGAACGGGCGGUGGAAGAGGAAUGUGACGCCAUAUGAGAUGUCGGACUGGCACUAUGCGAAGCCUUUGGCAUUUAAUGAAUACGUGGAGAGUGUGCCUGAGGACUUUCGCAGGGCCACGUUCGAGAGGGUGUUGGAUACGGAUUGGCCAGGGGCCAGAGAGAAGGUGUAUCAGUGGAGAAUAAGACCGGGAGUUCGUUGCAGGCAUGGAUAUGACUACGACUAAGCCGGUGUGGACGACGUACACAACGAUCAGAUUUUACAAUAUGACGACUUAGUUUGGACGUUGCAGUGACACGGCUCUGUGUGCCAUCGGAAUCUAUCACUAAUAUCGGGCUGGAGCUGGCAAGAAAUGCCAUAGACGAUCGCAUUUUCGCCAUUUGGGUCAGGAUUCUAUUACUGUUGAGCCCGUGCCAGAUAGGAUUAUCAUGGGUGCCAAGGAUGCUUGACGGACUAUUCCUACUUUACUUAUUCUGGCUGUAGCUGGUUAAAAUCCAAUUCUCUGUGUAUUGUAUAUUUCAGAACAAGCAAUCCGAAACGUGUC